AUGUCCUCAUUAAAGAAUGUCCUUAAUUUCCAAGCUGGACUUGGAGUCCUGGCCAAUAUGUUUCUCCUUGUUUUCUACACUUUCAUAAUCCUAGGUCACAGAAGUAAGCCCAUGGACAUGAUCUGUCAACUGGCCUUCAUUCACACACUGCUGAUCAUCACUGGAGGGGAUAUCUGGCUUACCCACAUUUUUAAGUCACUGAACAUUAAAAAUGACUUCAAAUGUAAAACAACUUUUUACAUAAACAGAGUGAUGAGAGUCCUCUCCAUCUGCAUCAUCUGCCUCCUGAGUGUGUUCCAAGUUGUCACUAUCAGUCCCAGUACCUCUUGGUUGGCAAAAUUUAAACAUAAAAUAAAAAAAAAUAUGACCAACGCUUCCUUCUAUAUUUGGUCUCUCAAUUUAUCAUUCAGCAGUAGCUGUAUCUUCUAUGCUGGUGCUUUUACCGACAUGAGUGAAACCAAACAGAUGAAGGUCACUAAAUCCUGCUCACUCUUCCCCAUGAACUACGUCAUCAGAGGAUUGAUUUUAACAAUGACAAUGUCUAGAGAUGUAUUUCUCGUAGGAGUGAUGGUGACCACAAGUGCAUACAUGGUAAUUAUCUUAUUCAUACAUCAGAGGCAAUGUGAGCAUCUUCACAGCCUCCACCACCGGAGAGCAUCUCCUGAGCAAAGGGCCAGCGAGACCAUCUUGCUGCUGGUGGCUUUAUUUAUGGUCAUGUACUGGGUGGACUUUGUCAUCUCAUCCACUACAGUCCUGUUAUGGAUGUACACCCCAGUCAUCCUUAGAGUUCAGAAGUUUCGAUGA